GUCCCGGUCUGGAGUGUGGGAGCGCGAGCGCAGCUUGGACACGGACGCGCGCGGCCAUAUUCGGCUUCACACAGAGCCACACCGGCUAGCAGGGGCUAGCGGAGACUCGCCGACUGAAAGGCCACCAUUCCCAAAAUCCGCGGGCACGUUUAUGUACCUCGGCGUAGCGUUUGGAGUUCUUUAUCGGGGGCUCUCGUGUUUUUUUUCGGGAUACGUUCGUCCGAGGCUGAGAGGGAAUGGACGUCCGGUCAGCGUGAGGUUGGACGGGAUUAAAAAAAAAGCUCCGACAUCGCCGCUUUUCUUGAGUGGAAAGUAGCGUAAAGAUUUUGUCGGGAUUCGCGUUAACGGUAGUUAAAGAAAGAUGGAACCGGCGGGCCCUCGAGCGUGAAGAGUGGAGAGAUUUAUUCAGCGCGGCGGUCGGAAGCCUCGUUUAGAGAAGCUGAACAUAAUGUUAGGCUUGUUUUGCUAGCUAGCUAGCUGAAUAGCUAGCUAGCAAGUUGGAGUCUGGCACUUCAGUGCUCCAAAUCGGCCAAACAGAUAUUCGUGUAUUUGUUUUUUUCGUUGCGCCAAGCGGCGCAGGGUUCGUGCUUCCCCCCAGUUCACUCCGCUUCGGGGCUGUUUUUUCUACGCUAGGGAGUGGUGGUCAGGCCUUGACUGAUAGAAAAUGUCUGCGAAGGUGCGCCUGAAGAAGUUGGAGCAGAUGCUCCUGGAUGGCCAUCAAAAGAACACAAGCUCACUUAGUGUCGAGACACUUCUGGAUAUUUUGAUAUGUUUGUUUAACGAAUGCAGCAGUUCGCCCUUGAAACGGGAAAAACAUGUGACGGACUUUCUGGAAUGGGUGAAGCCAUUCACCACAACAGUCAAGGAGAUGCGUCUCCACAGAGACGACUUUGAGAUGCUCAAAGUAAUAGGCAGGGGUGCCUUUGGAGAGGUUGCCGUGGUGAAGAUGAAAAACACGGAGCGAGUUUAUGCCAUGAAAAUUCUGAACAAGUGGGAGAUGCUGAAGAGGGCUGAGACAGCCUGUUUCAGAGAGGAGAGAGAUGUUCUGGUGAAUGGAGACUGCCAGUGGAUAACCACCCUUCAUUAUGCCUUUCAGGAUGAUAACUACCUGUAUUUGGUGAUGGACUACUAUGUGGGCGGGGAUCUGCUAACACUACUCAGCAAGUUUGAGGACCGGCUGCCUGAGGACAUGGCCAAGUUCUACGUGGCAGAGAUGGUUCUUGCCAUUCACUCAAUCCACCAACAACACUACGUGCACAGAGACAUAAAGCCUGAUAAUGUGCUGCUUGACAUGAAUGGCCAUAUCCGCUUGGCUGACUUUGGUUCUUGCCUGAGGAUGAUGCAGGAUGGCACGGUCCAAUCAUCAGUAGCCGUAGGAACUCCAGAUUACAUCUCUCCAGAGAUCCUGCAAGCAAUGGAGGAUGGAAUGGGGAAGUAUGGCCCCGAGUGUGAUUGGUGGUCUCUGGGUGUGUGCAUGUAUGAGAUGCUGUAUGGGGAGACACCCUUCUAUGCUGAGUCUCUGGUUGAGACCUACGGCAAGAUCAUGAACCAUGAGGAGCGCUUCCAGUUCCCAUCUCACAUCACUGACGUGUCCGAGGAUGCCAAAGACCUGAUCCAGCGGCUGAUUUGCAGCAGGGAGCGCAGGCUAGGCCAGAACGGUAUUGAGGAGUUUAAAAAGCACCCUUUCUUCUCUGGCAUCGACUGGGAGAACAUUCGUAGCACAGAAGCUCCUUAUAUUCCUGACGUCAGCUCUCCAUCUGACACCUCCAACUUUGAUGUGGAUGAUGAUGUAUUAAAAAACCCUGACAUCGCACCUCCCAUCUCUCACACUGGCUUUACUGGUCAGCACCUACCCUUUGUGGGCUUUACCUAUACCACGGACAGCUGUUUUUCGGACCGGGGUUGUCUGAGACUAGCGGCGCUGGCUGACGGCAGCUCAGGAGAGCUGCUACGGCGUGACGAGGGUGGAGGCCUGCAGCUGGAAGCUUUCGAAAGGAGGAUUCGCUCCUUGGAGCAAGAAAAACAGGAGCUCAAUCGCAAGUUACAGGAAUCCACCCAGGCUGCACAGUCCCUCUAUGGCUCUGGCCGUGGGGCAGGCACAUUGGGCCGUGAUAAAGAGAUAAAAAAGCUCAAUGAGGAGAUUGAUCGCCUGAAGAAGAAACUAGCAGACUCUGAUAGGCUGGAGCACCAGCUGGAGGAAGCAGUGACUCUGCGGCAAGACUACGAGAGUUCUUCCACCAAGCUGAAGGCUCUUGACAAACAGGUCAAAGCUCUAAGGCAGGAAAAGGAAGACAUCCAUAAGCAACUGGUGGAAUCUCUGGAUCGUCUGAAAUCUCAAACGAAGGAGCUAAAGGACGCCCACCAGCAGAGGAAGCUGGCCAUGCAGGAGUUCUCAGAACUAAACGAGCGUAUGGCCGAGCUGCGAUCACAGAAGCAGAGGCUCUCACGACAGCUCCGCGACAAGGAGGAGGAGAUGGACAUGGUCAUGCAGAAGAUUGACGCCAUGCGCCAGGACAUUCGCAAGACUGAGAAGGCCCGCAAAGAGCUCGAAGCUCAGCUGGAAGAUGCUCGAGCAGAGGCUUCAAAGGAGCGGAAGCUGCGAGAACACAGUGAAGUUUACUCUAAGCAGCUGGAGAGUGAGCUGGAGACGUUGAAGGGCAGUGGACGUGCUUCAGGUGUGAGUGCUGAGACCCAGCAAGAGCUGACAAAGGUGAAAUCAGAACUGGAUAAGAAAGUGUUGUUCUAUGAGGAGGAGCUGGUGAGGCGUGAGGCCUGCCACAGCACUGAGCUGAAGAACCUGCGCAAAGAACUUCACGAUUCUGAGAGCCAGCAGCUCUCUCUGCACAAAGAGCUGCUCAUGCUUAAGGACAAGCUGGAGAAGGCCAAGAGAGAACGGCAAACUGAGAUGGACGAGGCACUGGGUUCUCUAAAAGAAAAAUACGAGCGUGAACGCAGCCUGCUAACCGAGGAGAACCGCAAGCUGACCUCAGAAACAGACAAGCUGGGCACAUUUGUGGACAAACUAACAGCCCAGAACAGACAGCUGGAGGAUGAGCUGCAAGACCUGGCAUCUAAAAAAGAGAGCGUUGCCCACUGGGAGGCACAGAUUGCUGAGAUCAUUCAGUGGGUGAGUGAUGAGAAGGAUGCCCGUGGCUACCUACAGGCUCUGGCCUCUAAGAUGACUGAGGAGUUGGAGUCACUCCGUAGCUCCAGCUUGGGAUCAAGACACUUGCAAGGGUCUGGAAUGAGCACCCCCACCCAGAAGUCUUUGGUGGCUUCUAGGAGCACAAAGCGGGAUCCCUUGUGGAAGGUGCGUCGCAGUCAGAAGUUGGACAUGUCUGCUCGUUUGGAACUGCAGUCGGCACUGGACGCGGAGAUCAGAGCCAAGCAGCUGGUCCAGGAGGAUCUGCGCAAGGUCAAGGCUGCCAACAUCUCCUUUGAGAGCAAACUGAAAGACGCAGAGGCAAGAAACAGGGAGCUGGAGGAACAGUUAGAAGGCAUGAAGAAAGAUCUGGAAGAGAGUCGGUCACGCACUGACAGAGGUUUAAAACUUCCAGACUUUCAGGACUCUAUCUUUGAGUACUUCAACACCUCUCCUUUGGCUCAUGACCUAACAUUCAGAGACUCUGUCUCUUCCUCGUCUGCAUCCUCUCUGCUAGCAUUUUGGGAUGAAACUAGCUCAGUCAGUGAGGUGGAAGCCACGCCUCAGAAAUCAGACGUUCCCUCUUCCUCCCCUUCAGUGGCUUCAGAGCAGGAUGAGCCAGCAAAGACCUCUGCUACCACCCCAGCUGCCCCUUCUCCAGUCUACCAGUCCUCUCUGCUUACAGCGCCAAAGCCUAAAGCUCAUCAGUUGAGCAUAAAAACUUUCUCCAGCCCAACUCAGUGCACACACUGCACCUCUCUGAUGGUGGGCCUGAUCAGACAGGGCUAUGCUUGCGAGGUGUGUUCCUUCAUCUGUCACGUUUCCUGCAAGGACAAUGCUCCUCAAGUGUGCCCCAUUCCACCAGAGCAGGCCAAAAGGCCUCUGGGUAUUGAUGUGCAGAGAGGCAUAGGCACAGCCUACAAAGGUUUUGUCAGGAUCCCCAAGCCCACUGGGGUGAAGAAAGGCUGGCAGAGAGCAUACGCUGUGGUGUGUGACUGCAAGCUUUUCCUGUAUGAGGUUCCUGAAGGGAAGUCCACUCAGCCUGUUGUGGUGGCAAGCCAAGUCCUUGACCUCAGAGAUGAGGACUUCUCUGUAAGCUCUGUGUUGGCAUCUGAUGUGAUUCACGCUACACGCAAAGAUGUUCCCUGCAUAUUUAGAGUAACAUCGUCCACGCUGAGCUCGCCGGUGCGGGCCGUUUCUCUGCUAGUUCUGGCUGAGAGCGAGGCUGAAAAAAGGAAGUGGGUGGGCAUCCUGGAGGGCCUGCAGAGCAUCCUGGCCAAGAACUGCCUGAAGAACCGAGUAGUGCACGUCCUGCAUGAGGCUUAUGACAGCAGCCUGCCUGCCAUCAAAACCACACUGUCUGCGGCCGUUGUUGAUCGGGAGCGAAUUGCAUUGGGCACCGAAGAGGGUUUGUUUGUGGUUGAGAUCACCAGAGAUAUCAUUGUGCGUGCUGCCGACUGCAAGAAAGUUCACCAGAUCGACUUGAUCCCCAAAGAGAAAAUGGUGGUCCUGCUGUGUGGUCGCAACCGCCAUGUGCACCUCCACCCCUGGGGUGCGCUGGAGGGUGCUGAAGCUGCUUUUGAUGUGAAGCUGACUGAGACUAAAGGCUGCCAGGCUCUGACUACAGGUGUGCUGCGGCCUGGGGGCCCCGCCUGCCUGUUAGCAGCAGUCAAGCGGCAAGUCCUGUGCUACGAGAUCACUCGUGCUAAGCCCCACUACCGCAAGCUGUGGGAGGUGCAGGCGCCAGGUGUAGUGCAGUGGCUUGGCAUGGUGCGGGAACGCUUGUGCGUGGGCUACCCAUCAGGCUUCGCCCUGCUUGCCCUGCAGGGUGAGUCGUCACCUGUGAGUCUGGUGAGCCCUGGGGAUCCAUCACUGGCUUUCCUGGCCCAGCAACCUCUGGAUGCGCUGCAUGCCAUGGAAGUGGGAAAUAAUGAGCUGCUUCUGUGCUUCAGUCAACUGGGAGUUUAUGUAGAUGCUCAGGGACGGCGCUCCCGCACACAGGAGCUUAUGUGGCCUGCCACACCACUCGCCUGCAGCUCAAACUCCACUUACCUAACUGUGUACAGCGACUAUGGAGUCGAUGUGUUUGAUGUCCAUACCACAGAAUGGGUCCAGACCAUUUCAUUAAGAAAGAUCAGACCUUUGAAUGUAGAGGGCAGUCUCAACCUUCUGGGCUCAGAGCAGCCCCGGCUCAUCUACUUCAGCAACAACUCUGCAGAAGGGUGUGAUCUAACCAUCCCUGAGACUUCAGACAACAGUAAGAAACUCAUGGUGAGAACGCGGAGCAAGAGGAAGUUUCUCUUCAAGGUUCCUGAAGAGGAGCGGAUACAACAGAGGAGGGAGAUGCUGAGAGAUCCAGAAAUGAGAUCUAAGCUGAUUUCCAACCCCACUAACUUCAACCAUGUGGCCCACAUGGGUCCAGGAGAUGGAAUGCAAGUCCUCAUGGACCUGCCUCUGCAGCCGAGUGAGAGUCCUUCCCCCUCAUCCUCUCGUCACCACGCCCUGAUCUCUCCUCCAACCAACUUUGAGCACGUGUAUCACAUGAGUCCCAUCUCUGCUGGGUUCUAUCUGCAGAAAGAGCCUUCCUCGCAGCAGAGCCUGCCACAGCUCUCCUCCUCUUCCUCCUCACCUUCCACCUCCUCCCUCGGAAGGAGUGUGAUGCCCUCUUCUCAGGAUGAUUCAAUUAGGGAAAAGCCACGUCCCCUCUCUAGUAUUUCACGGCAACAGAGGAGUAAGACUCACAUCACACGUACUGCCUCAGGGGGUGGUGAUUUUAUUGGAGCCGGGUCAUCUCGCAAUAUCUCAGACCCAGAUCAGGACUUCGAGAGAGAGCCUGACUCAGACUCCACCAAACACUCCACCCCGUCCAACAGCUCUAACCCCAGCAGCCCCCCAAGCCCAAACUCCCCCCAUCGUAGCCAGCUCACCCUGGAUGGCCUGGAGCACACCCUGGAUGGCUGAUGAAGAAGACUGCCCUGUUUCCACCUACCUUCACUUUGAAACACACUUUCCUUCCCACUGCUUUCCAGUCAGUUAGGACUUGCUACAAAGUGCCAAGAUUCAGACUCUCAUCUCCCGGUUUCAUCUCCAGACACCUAAGAUACCUUUACAGCCAAAACUCUCCACUCUCCAGGCUGCUUGGCUAGAGAAAAAACAUCCCCUCUACAGAACUGGGAAACUGACAUACAGUCGGAAAACUUCUGUGAUGUGCUCUUAGUGGAGUGUGCUGCCUGGCUCAAGCAAGCGGGCCUCAAUGAGAAUCAAAGUUCCUGCCAUGUCUGGCAUCUGGAUGUGUGUAAAGUCUGCCCCCUGCUGGAGCAUCGGUGGUAGCAUAGCUAACAGGGUCUAAUCAUCAGUAUGUUGAUUUUUGAUUUAUUUCAAUUCCAUGUCAUGCUCCUGUGAGGGUUUUGUUUUUUUAUUUCAGAAGAUGGAUGGGUAGCUAACAGCUGCCAGGCUGUUGUCAGAAAAUAUAUCAGAAAAUAUGUCAGAAAAUCUAAUGCUCACAAAAAAAAAAAUCUGUAAUCGUGAACUGCUCUGAUCAUGAAAAAAACUUUUGUGUUUCCUAAAAUUACACAAGUGAGGGGAAACUUUCCUGUUUUUAAGUGUUUAAUAUUUCAGUGCAUAUGUUCACUCAAGUGGUGGUAGGAAGGACCUGAGCAACUCUUCAUGAUUCUGGAGACCAAGGAUAAGGACGUAGCUGGACCAGUAAUGAAAAACACUUUUUUGCUGUUCUUUAUCAGUGACAGUUCUCUACGUAGUCUGAGUGUUGGCUCAGAGCAGUUACAAAGAGGCAUUGAUGCUUAUCAGACUGGGGAUUUUAAGCCAAACCUGUGGGCACUUUUAUUGUAAUGUAAUUCUUUUUUUCCCCUCCCAGAUCUGAAUUUUCAGGCAGCCUUUGUACUAUUGUUUUAACUUAGACAUUUGAGACAAAACAUACUUAACAGGUGGAACGCUGCACAUUACCACAAAGAAAAAACAAAAGAAAAAGAAAUUGAACAGUAAUAAGACUUUACAUAUAGAUAAGUGUUUUAACAAGAGAAAUGGCACACAGCUAAAGGACCAUACUAUUCAUAGGAUAUCAAUAGUUCUUCUGAAACUGCUGCUGCUGCUUUUAUGUGCUAUGUAAAGAAAUAACUAUGUGAUCAAGAUUCUCACCAUAGCCAUGCUCAGUCCCUAGUUUAUAAAUUGAGUAUCUACAGAUGGCCCUGUGCGAGUUUCUCGAACAUAGGCGUUAUCAGAAAUGUGGAGCGCUCAUGUUCGUGGUGGAAUCAGAACCGCAGCAUGAGAGCUACAGGCAUGACUGUCGUAUCCAUUUUCUCACUAGCGUGCCUUCAGUGCCAUUGUGUGUUACAGCAACACGUUGUCCGCUAAAGCAUUUCAGUUGUUUUUAACGAGACAGGCUAAUGGUGAUGUUUUAUUAUGUGUUCCCCCACCCCCCCCUUCCCUGAAACACUGUAUGAAACUUGCACAUGAACAUGUUUUAGUCCAAGGAAUUUUUUUUGAUUUGUGUUGAUGGUCUUUCUUUCCUGUUCCCAUUCCCCAGUCCCCUCCACCUGACUUUUCAGCUUCUUUAAAAAAAAUGGGACUUUAUCCUCAAAACACUACUGCUUUUACUUCAGAAGAAAACAAAUCACACAUUGAAAUCUUUGUAAUUAUUGAAUUGUUAGCCUCAUAAAUUUGAACAAACAAUAAAAAGUAUCUGUCGUGU